CAUUGCACUUGCCCGGCGGCGCCUCUCUCUCCCCCCACCUCCACCUCUCAGCCCAGCGGAGCCGGGCUUGCUCUCCGUCGCGGCUGCAAGCAUGGCGGUGGAAGAAGAGGGGCUCCGGGUGUUUCAGAGCGUCCGGAUCAAAAUAGGGGAAGCUAAGAAUCUUCCUACGUAUCCAGGGCCAAACAAAAUGCGGGAUUGUUACUGUACAGUAAACUUGGACCAGGAAGAAGUUUUCAGGACCAAAAUAGUGGAGAAAUCACUAUGCCCUUUUUAUGGAGAAGACUUUUACUGUGAAAUUCCACGGAGUUUUCGACAUCUGUCAUUUUACAUUUUCGAUAGAGAUGUUUUCCGCAGGGAUUCAAUCAUUGGAAAAGUAGCAAUUUUGAAGGAAGAUUUGCAGAAAUAUCAUAACCGAGACACUUGGUUUCAAUUGCAACAUGUUGAUGCUGAUUCAGAAGUGCAGGGAAAAGUCCAUCUAGAAUUGAGGCUAAGUGAAGUCAUAACUGAUACUGGUGUGACUUGCCAUAAACUUGCUACACGAGUUCUAGAAUGCCAAGGACUCCCGAUUGUGAAUGGCCAGUGUGAUCCUUAUGCAACAGUUACAUUAGCAGGACCAAUAAGAUCUGAAGUCAAAAAGACUAAAGUUAAAAAGAAGACAAACAAUCCACAGUUUGAUGAAAUAUUUUUUUUUGAGAUUACUAGGCCAAGCAGCUAUAGCAAGAAAUCUCACUUUGAAAUUGAAGAUGCUGAUGAAGUUGACAAGAUGGAAAUCAGAGUUGAUCUUUGGAAUGCAAGCAACUUGAAGUUUGGAGAUGAAUUUCUGGGAGAGUUGAGGCUGCCACUCAAAUUUCUUCGACAGUCUAGCUGUUAUGAAGCAUGGUAUUUCCUGCAGCCCAGAGUUAAUGGCAACAAAACACUGAAACCUGAUGACCUAGGUUCUUUGCGGUUAAAUGUGGUUUACACAGAAGACCAUGUUUUUCUUCCAGAGCAUUACAACCCCCUUAGAGACCUCUUAUUAAAGUCUGCAGAUGUUGAGCCUGUUUCAGCAUCAACUGCCCAUAUACUGGGUGAAGUCUGCAGGGAAAAACAGGAGGCAGCCAUACCUCUGGUUCGACUCUUCCUCCACUAUGGCAAAAUUGUGCCUUUCAUUAGUGCAAUUGCAAAUGCAGAAAUAAAAAGAACUCAAGAUCCAAACACCAUUUUCAGAGGAAACUCAUUAACCUCCAAGUGCAUUGAUGAAACCAUGAAACUAGCAGGGAAGCAUUAUCUUCAAGUCACACUGAAGCCUAUUAUUGAUGAGAUCUGCCAGCUCCAUAAACCUUGUGAAAUUGAUCCUGUAAAGUUGAAAGAUGCUGAAAAUUUGGAAAAUAAUAGGGAAAAUCUUAGGCAGUAUGUAGAUCGAAUUUUCACAGUUAUUACAAAAUCUGGGGUCAGUUGCCCUACAGUGAUGUGUGACAUCUUUUUUUCAUUGAGGGAAUCAGCAGCUAUACGUUUCCAAGAUGACCCAGAUGUGAGGUACACAGCAGUAAGCAGCUUUAUUUUUCUGAGAUUCUUUGCUCCUGCAAUUCUUUCUCCAAACCUUUUUCAUCUUACACCGCAUCACCCAGAUCCACAAACUUCAAGAACUUUGACACUGAUCUCUAAAACCAUACAAACAUUAGGAAGUUUAUCAAAAUCUAAGUCUGCCAGUUUCAAGGAAUCAUAUAUGGCUACAUUUUAUGACUACUUUAAUGAGCAAAAAUAUGCAGAUGCAGUAAAAAAU